AGAAGACGAAAAAGCGGUAACUGAAACGCAUGCUGUUCUGAAAGUUUGUGAAAUUAUUUAGCAUUUGAAGAAGAGAAAUGAACGAAACACUCGUGACUUCAUCAGUGUCAAAGGGAUGUUUUGUUUUUAAGUCAGCCUCUAAAAAAAGAAAGCGACAUGUAGGUCUUGACGAAUAUUUAGCGGAUGCUGAUGACGACAGCGGCAGGGACCGAUUUAGGAUCUGCCAGAAGUUAUGGGAGACGGUUCAGACGAGCACAGAGGAAAUACAAGAUCAGUUGAACAAAAAGGUGCUGGACAGUCUUGUUGAGUUCAUUAAAAAGCAUGAGCUGGGCUCCUCAUCUGAUGUCUGGAGGCAGAAAACAAGUGAAAUCCCCACAGCUGCCCUAAUGCUAGGGGUAAACGUUCCAGAUCAUGCCAUGACAUUUCGCAGUCUGUGUAACCUCCUUCAGGAUUCAGUCACUCCAUUUGUGGUGUCUGUUCAUGCCAAAGAAUGUGCAGCUGUGAAGCACUUGAUUCAGAAGGUUCUAGAGCAGCUGAUGGGAAAAGCAGUGUCAGUGGAUGAAGAACAGGAGGAGGAUGCAGCUUUACCUCAAAAGGCUCAGUGUACCAUUAGUGCUCUGUGUCAGUGGUACAAGACUGCUACUAAAAAAUACUCUCAGAAACAAAAUGAUAAUGGCUUGCCUCAGAGUUUGCCUGUUGUUGUGAUCUUCAAAGACUUUGAGGCGUUCAACUCACAAAUCUUACAGGAUUUUAUCAUCAUCUGCAGCCGAUAUAUCCAGGAGCUUCCGUUCAUCUUUGUUUUCGGCAUAGCCACAUCUCCCAGUGCUGUCCAGCACAGGCUUCCCCACUCUGUGUCAUCUCUGCUCUGCAUUGAGAUCUUUCAGUCUCUCUCCUGCACUCAGCAUUUAGCCUCUGUUUUUGACAAGUUAAUUCUGAACGCUCACUUCCCAUUUAAGCUCAGCAGUAGGGUCAUACAGGUGCUGGUUGGCAUCUUCCUCUACCAUGACUUCUCGGUCCAAAAUUUUGUUAAAGGCCUACAGUUCUCCAUGUUGGAGCACUUUAGCAGUCAGCCUCUCAGUGUGCUUUGCUGUCGGAAGCGAGAGGCGCUGUUGUGUGCCAAGACAUUGAGCCAACAAAAUGUGGAAAGGGUCCGACAUCUAUCCUCAUUCAUGAGGUAUGUGGAGACACAGGAGCCCGAGGAGCAGGUGAAGCUACUUACCAAUGACCAACAUGUGAAGGAAGUGUGCCAAACGUUAUUGAAGAACUUGCACAAAUACCAUAAGAAUUACUUUCCCAUUCUUCAGUGUCUGCACUCAUUGACCUCUUCACUCCCUAAGUUUCCUCUGGGGAAGCACAUACGAGAGCUCCAUGUGUCCUGCAAUGAGAAGAAUUUGUGGGAGACAGAGGAGUAUGAUUCAGCCAUGCAGCUUCUCAGGAUUCUAGCAAAAAAUGAGCUUGUUGCAGCUUUACAAGGCUGUUCUGACAUUCUCCAAUCAGCCAGCUCCAAGAGAAUGCAGACUGUGUUUCAACAAGUGGAAGACUUUAUUAACAGACUAAAAAGACUGGAAAGUGUAUCUUCAGAAGAUUCCUCUGGGAACGGUGCCAUCUCAGGAAAAAUUGAUUAUCAGAGAAAAACGGAUCUCUUUCAGCUUCAAAAGACACUGCUGGAAAAAGAAUCUCGCAGAACAAAGAAAAUGAGUCCAUUUGAAGUGCUCAGAAGCCAGGUGAUGGAGUUUAUUGACAGCCUUGUAAGAGAAUACCUGACUCCAGCACAUCUGCAGCCGCUCAGUGAAGUGUGUUACUUCAGCUCCUCUGGGAUCCUUCGACAGCGGCUCAAUGUCACUCCUCGCACAUCCAUUCAAGCUGCUCUCAGUCAUCCUUAUUACUACCUGCAGAAUGAAAGCCUGAAAACGAAUGCUGGCACAAUCUCCAGCGCUGCUCCAGACCUCUGCAUAGUAUACAAGCUUCACCUUGAGUGUGGAAGACUCAUAAAUCUCUAUGAUUGGCUUGAGGCAUUUUUAACUGUGCUGUCUGCUGCUGAGGACCAAGAUGACGGUUCUGAUCACGGACAGUUUGAUAGUCUUAAACAUGCUCGGUUCAUUCAGGCUGUGUCUGAGAUGGAAUUUCUUGGUUUUGUUAAAUCAACAAAACAGAAAACGGACCAUGUGGCAAGACUGACAUGGGGAGGAUGUUGAAGAAAACUUCCUGAACGCAACAGACUGGCCUGACAUUCAUUAAAUAGGUCAACAGUAUUAUGUACUGUCAGCUUUAUUGCAUUUUACUUCAAAUGUACUUGCUGUAUUUGUAAAUUUGCCAUCGGAAUAAAAAAUGAUGUGCUGCUUGAA